UCUCUCCCCCUCAAAGUGAACCCAAGUGAAGUGAAAAGCAAAAAAGUGAUCUUACAUAUAUACAUAUAAACAAUCGUUAAAGAAAAGAACAUUACAAACAGUGAAACAAAAAUUAACAAACUCAAUUUUCAGACGUGAAGAAGACACUAAGAUACAACAUAAACCCACAAGAAGACCCAAAAUCAACACAACACAUGGUUAAACCAUCAAAGUGCGGGACACCAAAAAUAAACACAAGUGCGGGCCACUCUACACACCAUCAACCAAUUCCUAUAUCCUUAGACCCAAAAUCAAAAUGUGAAAUAACCUACUUACCCUCUAAAAUUAAAUUUUCCUACUUAAAGCUAAAGUUAAAAUUUCCUAUCCAAAACUAAAAGUAAAAUUCGCUACUUAAACUAAGAAUAAAUUGUGCUACUUCAUCCUAAAAGAAAUUAACUACUUAAUGCUACAUGUACAAUUGUCUAUCUAAAUUUACCUACAACAAAAGACUGAAUUCGAUUUACUACUUAUAAAUAAUGAAAUGAGCAACAAACACAAUAAACCAUUACAACAGCAUUGAAUUUUAAACCUAAUUCUCCCUCUGAUUUUUUAUUUCGAAAGGCAAAACCCUUAGUUUGACCCCAAACAUUUGGUCCUUCGAACCGGAUAAGUGGUUUUUUUAAAUAAUUAAAAAACCAAAAAUCAAAAAAAUUUUUCUGUUUUGUGCCCAAAAAUAAUUCAUUUUCAUUUCAAAAGACCCAGUGACCGAAACACAAAAAAAUUCGCAACAACAAAAGUGCAGUGACCCAACAAUUAAAAGCAAAUGAAAUAGAGAAAAACUCUAACGACACAAAGCUACAAAAAUUGCAAAAGGCGCCAACACACAAUUCUGGACCCAAGCCAAGCGCCCACCUACACACACACACACAUACACACACAUCAAAAAAGAAGCUUCAAAAUAAUGGCCGGAUAUUUACCUCGCCCAGAGUCCCCACGACCCGCCAGACCCACACGCCCUCGCUUCGACCCACGGGAACCCAGGUAUCGCCCCGCAUCUUGGCAGUAUGCCUGUGGCCUCUGCCAGGAGGACCACGCCAUACGGUCAUGCCCGCGGUUCCGGCAAAUGACACCGUAUCAGAGAUACGAGACAGUUGAGAGACGGAGUUACUGUCGGAACUGUCUGGCGCGCAGCCAUCUGGCCCCAGACUGCCCCGUGGUCACUGCCUGCCGAACAUGCGACUACCGCCAUCACACAAUGCUGCAUGGAGCCCCACAGCUUAGGGAGACAUACGGCAGCUACAGCCCGCCCCCAAUGGAGAUUGCCAACCCACGGCAACUUGCAAUCGAACCAGCCAACCAGAUGCCCAUCGUCCAAGGCCCUCCCCCGGUCGAGAUACCUUACAGCCGGGCCACUGUUUUUGUACCCACGGCGAUGGUGGAAUUGGCACCCGAGGAGCAGGACGAUUGGGCUGGGGUACGGGUACUUUUGUGCCAGGCAUCGACCAUCACCCGAAUCGCGGCAGCCACAGUAACUCGCCUGGGGAUACCAACGAGAGAGCGCAGAGGGCACCGUCUGGCAACAAUAAGACUUCGGUCAAGGCAUGCGUCGAGGAGGACCAUGUAUACCAUCCGGGCAGUGGUGACCCGGGAUUUGCCGCGACGACCCUAUUCAGAUCCCAUCAUUCCCGACCCCACAAGCAGCCUAAGAUCCCUUUCUUUGGCAGAUGCUGACCCUAGGGGCAACGAACCAAUCGAUGUAGAGGUAGGGGCCGAUGCCUACGCCCACCUCCGGAGGAGUGGUGUUGUACAACCCGGAUUGGGAGCCGUCUUCGCCCAGGAGACAGAUUGGGGAUACGUGUUCGUCGGCCCAGUCACCUCACAGGCAAGAAACCAAAAUUAAAAAGGUAAGAUGUCACUUCGUCACUUGGAGGGGGAGAAUGUUCAAAGUACGUUUGAACAUGAAGUCAUGUGCACCCAUGUGCAGACAUGCGUUCACGUAUGCACAUGACCCACUGUGCAUAACGGUACAUUGAAGUAAGUUCUUAAUCGCUGAUUCCGCCUUGACUUCAUAUUUGUUUACCUGGAAUUGUUGCUUGUAGCUUGGAAAGUUGACCGUUUUCGCGGGGUCCAAGUGACAAGCAACAACCAAAAAAAGAUCAGUCUCGCUUU